AUGCUGCAAAGGUCCACCGAUGAGCACGUAUCGGGUGGCUCUGAGAACGGCAACCUAAAAGGACAUGGGCAGGACGACGUCUGCCGCACCAAUGGUGGCGAUGGCUCCACGGAAAUGCUUGAAGAAGAGGACGAUGCAUGCGCCUUUGAGUCAUCUGUCCCAUGCCAUCCCCUCGGAAUCAAACCCCUUGGCAACCAAUACUUUUCAACCACUGCCAACGCCCGGGAUCAUAUCGGGACCCUACAGCUACUCCCAGACGAGACGUUGCUGCUUCUGCUAGAGCAUCUGGAUCCACAAUCCCUGAGAAGGCUUGGAUAUACAUCCAGAUUUCUGCACGCCUUCUGCACCUCAGAUGAACUCUGGAAGCCCCUUUUUCUCGAGUCGCGUGGUGAGGGUCCACAGCCUUGCGAGUGGCUGGGUUCAUGGAGGUCGAGUCUUCUUGGCCUUCCCGAGCAGAGCAGGGCGCAUAUAGGCUGUGAUGAUGUCUUCUCGGACGUUUUGCACCGCCCUUUCGUCUGCAGCAAUAUCACACUUUCGAAGUAUGCAUUCGGGAUCCCCGAGGCCAAUAAGAUACGGAGGUUUCCCGAUCUGUCGUACGCCGAAUUUGAGGAGAAAUGGAGCGGAACCCCCUUCAUCCUAACCGAAGUCGUGACAACAUGGCCGGUCUCCCGCCAAUGGACGAUGGAAAAGCUCGUCGAAGACUACCGGGACGUUAGCUUCAGGGCCGAGGCUGUGGACUGGCCUUUCGCGACCUACUCCCAGUACAUGUCAAAUACACAAGACGAGAGUCCUCUGUACCUGUUUGACAAGAGAUUCGCAGAGAAGAUGCGGCUCAAGAUCGGCAAGGCGGAAAGAGCGCUGUAUUGGAAGCCUGAUUGUUUUGGACCGGACUUAUUUGAGGUGCUUGGACCGGAACGGCCGGCACAUCGCUGGUUGAUCAUAGGCCCUUCGAGGAGCGGCUCGACGUUCCACAAAGACCCCAACGCGACCAGUGCCUGGAACGCCGUGAUCCAAGGGGCCAAAUAUUGGAUCAUGUUCCCGCCCUCGGUCCAAGUACCUGGGGUCUACGUGUCGGAGGACAGCAGCGAAGUCACCAGUCCACUCAGCAUUGCAGAGUGGCUUCUCGAGUUCCACGCAGAGGCUCGAGCAACCCCUGGGGCUGUGGAGGGGAUUUGCAAAGCAGGCGAGGUUUUGCAUGUACCUUCUGGCUGGUGGCAUUUGGUGGUGAACCUGGAUGCUGGCGUUGCGUUGACACAGAACUUUGUGCCCAAGUCUCACCUGUCAGACGUCAUUGGCUUCCUUAGAGACCGGCCAGACCAGGUUACAGGGUUCAGGCGAGAUAUCGACAACCCUUUCGCUCUCUUCAAGCAGCGUCUACAGGCGGAGCACCCUGAGCUACUGCAAAAGGCGCUGGACGAUCUGGACGGUCAAAGCAGAAAGAAGCGGAAGUGGGAGGCUGUCAUCGGCGGCGCUAGCGGAGAGGACAACGAGAGAGGUAUGGGCGGUGGCGGGUUCACAUUUGGCUUUGGGGGUGGUGACGACGACGAGAUACCCUGA